AAAAAAUUAUGAAUUUCGCAACAGUACGGACUAAAAUCAAAUUGUCGUCAACAGCCAACUUCAUGUUAGCUUAAAGUGACUAGUGAAAAUUGUUUGUCAGUUCGGAAUUUGAUCAUUAAUUAGUUUGUGAAAAUACUGUAAUAAAUAUGGGUCAAAAUCAAUCUGCCCAAGGCGGUUCAGGUGAUAAGAAAGAUGACAAGGAUAAGAAAAAGAAAUACGAACCUCCAAUUCCUACGCGCGUAGGAAAGAAGAAAAGGCGAGCGAAGGGUCCAGAUGCGGCUAUGAAAUUGCCAUUAGUAACUCCUCAUACACGAUGUCGCCUUAAGCUUUUGAAGCUAGAGCGAAUAAAAGAUUACCUUAUGAUGGAAGAUGAGUUUAUACGCAACCAAGAAAGAUUGAAACCACAAGACGAAAAGAAUGAAGAGGAACGUUCGAAGGUUGAUGACUUACGUGGCACACCUAUGUCAGUUGGAAACCUUGAGGAGAUUAUUGACGAUAAUCAUGCAAUCGUUUCGACGUCAGUGGGUUCAGAACAUUAUGUUAGUAUAUUGUCAUUUGUAGACAAAGAUCAAUUAGAACCGGGAUGUUCAGUCUUACUAAAUCAUAAAGUGCAUGCUGUAGUCGGUGUUCUUAGUGAUGACACUGAUCCAAUGGUAACUGUGAUGAAACUUGAAAAGGCACCUCAAGAAACUUACGCUGACAUUGGUGGCUUGGAUACACAAAUACAGGAAAUCAAGGAAUCUGUCGAAUUGCCAUUAACUCAUCCAGAAUAUUAUGAGGAAAUGGGUAUUAAACCACCCAAGGGUGUGAUUUUAUAUGGUCCUCCAGGAACUGGAAAAACAUUGCUUGCUAAAGCUGUGGCCAAUCAGACCUCGGCAACCUUUCUGCGAGUUGUAGGUUCAGAAUUGAUUCAAAAAUAUCUGGGAGAUGGUCCAAAAUUAGUACGCGAGCUUUUCCGAGUUGCUGAGGAGCAUGCACCGUCAAUUGUUUUCAUAGACGAAAUCGAUGCUGUAGGCACAAAACGUUACGAUUCAAACUCUGGCGGUGAACGAGAAAUUCAGCGAACUAUGUUGGAAUUGCUCAAUCAGCUCGAUGGGUUCGAUUCAAGAGGCGACGUAAAGGUUAUAAUGGCAACAAACCGCAUAGAAACAUUGGACCCUGCUCUUAUACGUCCUGGUCGUAUUGAUCGUAAAAUUGAAUUCCCACUUCCUGAUGAAAAAACGAAGCGUCGAAUUUUUACAAUUCACACAUCUCGCAUGACUUUGGCAGAAGAUGUGAAUCUGAAUGAGCUAAUUAUGGCUAAGGAUGAUCUGUCCGGAGCAGACAUUAAAGCUAUUUGCACAGAAGCUGGCUUAAUGGCACUACGUGAAAGACGUAUGAAGGUAACUAAUGAGGACUUCAAAAAAUCGAAGGAGAGUGUUUUAUAUCGAAAGAAAGAAGGAACAGUCGAAGGAUUGUAUUUAUAAAACCAUUUAUUUCUAAAUACAUAAAAUAACUAAUCAACAUUUUGCGAACAUAAUAAAUUAGUUGUUAAUGGAA